AUGGAGACCCCUACACCCGAGAAAAACAAGUCUAGCUGCUACUCAAAACGGGGUAUAACCAGCCAUGACGAUAGACCUGUACUAUGUGCAUUGACGUUGGAUGAGAUCAAACAGUUCUCGGCUACAUCUACGCCAAGGAAAUCACCGAGCAAGAGUCCUGAUGAGACACCUAUUAUUGGCACAGUUGGUGGUUAUUGGGGUAAUCACAUUAAGGCAAUAGAUUGUGGCUCUGCAUCUUCAUUCAAGGGAAUACCAAAUACCACCAGCAAGUACAGAGAGGACAAUAAAGUGAAAUGGCAUUCAACACCUUUUGAGGCAAGACUUGAGAAAGCUUUGGACAACAGAGAUAAAUAA